UCAAAGAACAGGGCGCACGCCAUUGAAAUUUUGUUUACGUCUAAUAAUUUUGUCUUCAGAUUUCUGCUUAGGUUUCAUCAUUUAUGUAGAUGCUAAAAACUUCAAGUACACGAUAUUUAAACGAAUGGGUUAAUACCUUUAAUUAUUGUAAUAUCUUAUUUACGGUUUAAUGAUCAAUUUUAUAUUGUUUCAAUAUCAGAACUUCAAAACGACGUAGUUAUAAUACAGAUUAACUCUAAAAUAAUUCUCAACAAAUUGAAGACUAAUCUGGAGACUAAAUUUUGAAUUCACAAUGGGAUUGGAAGAAGAAAUCAAUCAAAAAUUACGACUACCAAAGCCAUCAACAAUCGCAAAAUUCGAAGCAAUAUCUAACGCUGAUGAUUCGUGUUCUUCACCGUCAUCUUCUCAAUCAGAAAGAUCAUGUCGCAUUAGAUCUCGCAAUCCUAAUCUUUUUUUGCAAUCUGACACAUGUCAUGAAAAACCUUACAAAUAUGAGGGACCUAACGAACACGAUAUUACUGCAUCAAUAAUAGAGGCACAUGGAGGAAAAACUUCUACUAAUCAAGAUGAAGUAGAAAUAUGGAAAACAAGAGUAGAAAAAAGUCGAUUACAGCAGUUAACUGAGAAAAAGAAAUUAUUGAAAGAAGCUGAAGAAAAGAGAUUAAAAGAAGAAGAAAAAACAAAAGAAGAAACAGAAAAAAUAGAAGCAGAAAAAUUGAUAAAGAAUACUGAUGACAAUAAGGUUUUAAAUCAAUCAGAGAAAAAACCUAAAUUUAAAAGAAAUGUAUUGAUGAGAACAAUUGUACAGAAUUUAGAACUCGGGGAAAUACCGUCAGCAAUUGUAAAUUCUACAAGCAGUGGUAAGAAUGAUAUUAAUAAUCAUGAAAAUACUCCUAUGUUAAAACAAAGUCUUGAAGACCCCGAUUUUUAUUAUCUUCGAGAUACAUCAUCAAACAAUUUUGAUGAAUCAGACGAUUUUCGAUUUGAACAUCGGGGCGUAAAAAAGACAGUUACACCUCGACACUACGCUUUGCAUGAAAUACCUGAUGAAUGUUUUAAAUUUCGAAGAAAUUAAAAACAUAUUGUUUAAAUUAUUCCUAAGAUGGGGGCGGGCAUUGAUAUCUUUAUUUUGUUAUAGGUAAUAACAAGUAAAGGAGGUAUUAAUAAUUCAUACAUAUUGACAUGAAUCAAUUAACUAAUGAAAUUAAUUUAUUUUUAUAUUACAAAAAAUAUUAAAUAAAUUUCAAUCUUUGAUUUUAUAAAAUUAAUUAUUAAGUGAGCCAAAAAUGUUCAUUAACCGAUACCCGUCCCCUUUUCUUAACUUAUAAAUAGUACAAAUCGAUUGAAUGACAAUCAUUGCUAAUAGAAAAGCGAUUAUAUUACCAAUCAUGACGAAAAUGAUAUUUAUAAAAAUAAAAUGUAAGUCUCAUUGGAAUAUAUACAGUAUUCAAUUAUAAGACUUUCAUAAAUAUUGCUCACUAAAUAAUUAUUAAAUAAAUUCGAUUAUAUAAGUUUGUAAGUUCCAUGCGAAAUUAAUUAUUGUAAAAAUAAAAUGCAAAAAA